GAGAGGCUGAAAACUGUAACUACGUUUAAGUCUAGGUUUGGUGAUGUGGGGCUUAGCGUAAGUGACUCCAUUUUGGGUCUGUUGUCUUGUGUUUAACAUACCAAAGACUGUUGAAAUAGGGACAAGGCUCAGAUCUCAGAUGGACCAGCGUCCGUCUCCAAUCCCACAGAAAAAGGCUUUGCUUUUCUCGGCCUCGGUGGUCUUGGAGGACGUGGCUGUGGCCUUCACCCCGGAAGAGUGGGCACUGCUGGAUCACACUCAAAGGGGGCUCUACAGAGACGUGAUGCUGGAGACCUGCCGACACCUGGCCUCUGUGGAUUACCACAUUCAAGUUCAAAUCAAUGGAUCAAGUCCUCAGUGGGAUAAUUUGGAGAGUGGAGUAUAUAGUGAAAAGAAAAUAGUAAGAUUCACAAGUAAUGAUUCCAUGUCUCUUUUUCAAGAGAAUCAGAAAAUUCAUAACAUUGGAGAUGAGCCCCAAACCGAGGAGAGGCAUUUGAGAAGCCAUUUCUUGGAGAGAGUUGGUGAAAAUGAUGAAGGUUAUCAGUGUGGAGCAGCCCUGAAUCAGGUUCCAAGUCUUCCUGUGCGUGAGUCUUAUCCUACUGGAGGUAAACCCUAUGAAUGUACCAUUUUUGGAAAACCUCUUAUGAAUUAUUCUUCCCAUAAAGAGCAGCACAGAUCUCAUACUGGACAGAAACCUUAUCAGUGUGAUGAGUGUGGACAAGCCUGUAGCUGUGUCUUGUGCCUAAAUACUCAUGUAGGAACUGACAUUGCAGAGAAGUCCUAUAAAGGUCAGAGUAACGAGAUAGAAUCUAAGAGAUAUGUGAAGUGUCCCACUAGUAGAAAAUCUUUUGAAUGUAAGAAAUAUGAAGAAGCUUUCACAAGCCUCUCAUCGUUGCAGGGAUGUGUGAAGGGUCACCAUGGACAAAAAAUCCAUGCUUGUAUAGUGUGUGGGAAAGCCUUUAUGUAUUACUCCUACCUUACGCGGCAUGAGCAAAGUCACACUGGGAUGAAGCCCCAAGAAUGUAAGCAGUGUGGGAAAGCCUACAGUAGUUCCUCAUCCCUUCAAGUACAUGUGAGAACACACACUGGGGAGAGACCCUAUGAGUGUAAGCAGUGUGGGAAAACUUUCAGUUGUUAUUCCUACCUUCGAGAACAUGAGAUAACACACAGUGGAGAUAAACCCUAUGCAUGUAAGGAGUGUGGCAAAACCUUUAGUUGUCCUAAAUACGUUAGAAGACACAGGAAGAGACACAGUGGAGUGAAACCCUAUGAAUGUUCAAUAUGUGGGAAAUCCUACAGUUGCUCCUUAUCCCUGCAAGAACAUGUGAGGACGCACAGUGAAGAGAAACCCUAUGAAUGUAAGGAGUGUGGGAAGGCAUUCAGGCAACCUCGAUGUUUGCAAAGACACGUGAGAAUGCACAGUGGAGUGAAACCUUAUCAGUGUAGGGAUUGUGGGAAGGCCUAUACUUGUUCCACAUCUCUUCAGGAACACAUGAGAACCCACACCGGGGAGAGACCCUUUAAAUGUCUGCACUGUGGGAAAGCCUUCAGUCGUCACUCCUCCCUUCGAGUCCACGUGAGAACUCACAGUGGGCAGAGACCUUAUGAAUGUACACAGUGUGGGAAAGCUUUCCGCUGGUCCUCAUCCUUGCAAAAGCACGUGAGAAAGCACAAUGAAGAGAAGCCCUAUGAAUGUCAGCACUGUGGCAAAACCUUCAUGUACCCUGCAAACCUGCAGUCACAUGUGAGGACACACACUGGGGAGAGGCCCUAUGAAUGCAAGGAGUGUGGGAAAACCUACACUUGUUCUUCAUCCCUUCAACUACAUGCGAGAACCCACACUGAGGAGAGACCCUAUGAAUGUCUAGAGUGUGGGAAAGCUUUCUGGUAUCCCGCACACCUUCAAAUCCACGUGAGGACACACACUGGGGAGAGACCCUAUGAAUGCAAGGAGUGUGGGAAAACCUACAGGCAUCCUGCAAAACUGCGAGUCCACGUGAGGACACACACUGGGGAGAGGCCCUAUGAAUGCAAGGAGUGUGGGAAAACCUACACUUGUCCCUCAUCCCUUCAACUACAUGCAAGAACCCACACUGAGGAGAGACCCUGUAAAUGUCUAGAGUGUGGGAAAGCUUUCUGGUAUCCCGCACACCUUCAAGCCCAUGUGAGGACACACACUGGGGAGAGACCCUAUGAAUGUCAGCAGUGUGGCAGAACCUUCAGGCAUCCAGACAACCUGCGAGUACAUGUGAGGACACACACUGGGGAGAGGCCCUACAAAUGUCAGCACUGUGGGGAAGCCUUCAGUCGUCAUUCCUCCCUUCAGGGACACAUGGGAAUGCACAGUGGCGUGAAGCCCUAUGAAUGUAAGGAAUGUGGGAAAGCCUUCAUGUAUCCCUUAAGCCUGCGAGCACAUGUGAGGACACACAUUGGGGAGAGGCCCUAUGAACGUCCGCAUUGUGGGGAAGCCUUCAGGUAUCCUGCAAGCCUGCAAACUCAUGUGAGAACACACACUGCAGAGAAAUGUUGAAAUUGUAGAAUGUAGGAAACCAUUCUCCCCUAAAACCUUGUUGUAUUUGAAGAAACAGACUGGAAAGAAAUGUUAUGAAUGGAAAGAAUGUUGAAAAAUCUUCAGGUAUAAUACAUCAUGUAUAUAUAUUCUUUACAAUAAAACUCAGGGCUGAACAGAAAUAUUGUUAUAAAUAUGACAUUGCCCUUGUAAGUGCCUCAUCCUUAGUGUGUUAAAUACUAGUUAAUAUAGAUUCUAGUUAACAUGUUGCUGAUAUGAACAUUUAAGAUGAUAAAUAUCCUCUUUAACUGUACUAAA